GAUCGUAAUCCCGAUGAAUUUCAAAUACAAACAAAAGGAUAUAGAAAUGAGAAAGCUUGAGUGAGAAAAGCUGAGGUAUAAGUACCCAGACAGGAUACCUAUCAUCUGAGAGAAGUACACUACGAGUAGGCUAGAAGACCUUGUGAAAGAGAAAUAUCUAGUCCCCAAUGAGCUAGCAGCUUUCCAGUUCAUGUACAUUAUCAGAAAAAGAAUCAAGUUGGCAGAGACAGAAGCUUUGUUCUUCUUUGUAAAUGGAAAAUAUAUGCUAAAAACAGACACCCUAAUGACUGAUAUCUAUGAGGAAUAUAAAGAUAGCGAUGGCUUUCUUUAUAUUACAUAUGCUGAUGAAAACAUAUCAGGAUAAUUUCACCUUAUUUUCUUCAUA